AUGCCAUCCCACUCAGCCCGCUCCAUCCUGGAAGCAUUCUACGCCGCCGAGGCCAUCUACAUGUCCGCCCCGCCGGAAGAGCGCGACUUCUCCGGCAUGGCGGCGAGGGUGGCAUGCGACAUCAGACUGGAGCAAACAUCGGCGCUGCCUUACGCGGGAGUCUAUAUCGGACCGCAAGGCAUGCAAGAGUGGAGUCGAAAGAUGGCCGGGUAUUUCGACGUGGUGGAAGUGCGGGACCGUGAGAUCUUCGAGAGCACCAAUUCGGCCUCUGCGAAAGUCGUCGUCCUCUCCAAUCUGCAUCUCCGGGUGCGCAAGACCGGCCAAGAGCUGGUCUUCCCGCACUGUCAGGAAAACACUGUCGAUCUGGAAAGGGGCGUCCUUACCGAGAUGAGGAUUUUCUAUUGGGAUGUUAAGGCCAUUAAUGACGCUCUGGGCUAUAAAACUUAA